GGGAAAAGACAAAGCUGAGCAUCGCUGUCGAGAUUUCACGCACUACACACACUAUACGCAAGCUGGGACGGGACAUCAUCCAAGCUCUCGCGCCAGCCAUGACUUCUCACUUCUACUUCUUCGCAUUCCACACGGACCCUACGCAUCCACACCAUUGUUUUUCAAGCCGUUCCUCUCCGGUGCCCAUUGAUUUCUCCCAGCCCAGCUGAAUUGCUUGUGUAAUUCGUUUUUUUCUGUCCUGAUUGCUUUCAGUAUUAUGCGAAUCGCGUUAAAUUAUUUCCGGAUUGUGAUUUCGACUGUCUGUAUCCCGAAUGUAGAUGAUUUAGUCUUCUGCAACGCGAUCGAGAGUUUCUAUAAUGAUUUCAUGAUCAAAGUAAUUUCCUUGGUUUUGUUGACAAUAAUUGUACCUGUUUGAGAUUCUCUGUUGCGGGAGUGAAUUAGGCUUUUGUUACUUGUCGAGCGCCUGUAAGUUUAAUCGUGUCGGGUGCGUGUGUCUAUGCGUGUGAGAGAGGAGAGAGUAAUCCCUGCCUGCAUUUCGACCAUUCAUGUUUCGCCUAUCUUUCUCUCUAGAAAAUAACCGCAUUAUGAAUGUUUGAAGCACUUGUGAUUGCGCUAAAGGGGGCGAAAUCGGUUCUUACUCUCAAAACUGAGGCGAUAGCUAAUGGAAGCAACUUGAACAGCUCAUCUCCAAAUUGAGGGGCUUUGGAGUGAUUGUACCUGACUGAAAGCAUGAGCUGUGGAUGCUUUGGUGCAUCAACCAUUCUCCGGAAGAGUAGUGACAAACAUGUUAGUAAUUCCGAACAAGAUCAAGAAGCGGUCACUAUCACAAAGACAAGAACUUUCUCAUUCAAUGAAUUACGAAUAGCAACAAAUAACUUCAACCUGAGUAACAAAAUAGGACGAGGAGGUUUUGGUAUAGUUUACAAGGGAAUUCUGAGAAAUGGAAUGGUAGUUGCAGUGAAGCUGCUCUCUGCUGAGUCAAAGCAGGGAGAGCGUGAGUUUCUAACAGAGAUUGAGACUAUUUCUAAUGUCAAACAUCCAAAUCUAGUUCAGUUACUUGGGUGCUGUGUUCAUGGACGUGACCAGAUUUUGGUGUAUGAAUAUUUGGAAAAUAACAGCAUCGAUCGUGCAUUACUAGGUCCUAGGAGAUCCAAAAAACUUGAUUGGAGAAGAAGGUCUGCCAUCUGCUUGGGUACUGCCAGAGGGCUAUCAUUCCUUCACGAACAACUUGUGCCUCGCAUUGUGCAUAGAGACAUCAAAGGUAGCAAUGUACUUUUGGAUGCGGACUUCCAACCAAAAAUUGGAGACUUUGGAUUGGCUAAACUUUUCCCGGACAAUAUAUCCCACAUUACCACAAAAAUAGCAGGAACAACAGGUUACCUUGCUCCUGAAUAUGCAUUAGGCGGUCAUUUGACAGUGAAGGCUGAUGUCUAUAGCUACGGGAUUCUUACACUCGAAAUCGUAAGUGGCAGAACUUGGGCGAAUGCUGAUCAUGGAGGCGUUCAAAAGUUGCUAGCUGAAUGGGCAUGGGAGCUAUAUCAAGAAGAGAAAUUGCUGGAUCUGGUCGACCCCGAACUGGAAGAAUUUCCAGAGAACGAGGUUCUGAGGUAUGUGAAAGUUGCCCUCUUCUGCACCCAAGCAGCCGCAAGCAGAAGGCCAUUGAUGAGCCAGGUGAUUGAGAUGCUCUCAAGAAAUGUUCGACUCAAGGAGAACGAACUCACACCUCCAGGUUUCUUUGAUGAUUCGGCUAGUCUUAGUGGCAGGUCAGCAAAGGAUAAAUUAUCCGGCACUUCAAACAGUUAUCAGAUGAACUCGUUUCCCUCCACAAUCACUCAGGUGACCCCAAGAUGAGGUUGGAUUCUAUACACCUUCUAUUUCAAUUGCCUAUUUGGAUGGCUUUGAUUUCUGAGGCAUUGGAGGUUGGAACGCUUUGUAUUUACUUGAUAAACAUUACAUUUUUGUUGUGUGGAUUUUGUAAAGUGACCCACAAUAUCAAUAUAUGUUAAUUCGUUA